AUGGGAGAUUUGGGCCACUCACCAAGAAUAUGCUAUCAUGCAUUAUCUUUUAGCGCAAUUGAUUAUAAUGUGAAUUUAUGUGGAUAUGUGGAGACAAAACCACCAAAUGAAAUAAUUGAUGAUAUAAAUAUUGAUGUAAUACCAAUCAAAGUUAUUAAAAAUGAUAAAAAUUUACCAUAUAUUGCAUUUGCUGGGUUUAAAAUCUUUAUGCAAAUUAUACAAGUUUGGAAAAUCAUGUGGAGAACAAGAAAUGAUGUUGAUUAUGUACUAAUUCAAAAUCCUCCUAGUAUUCCAAUUUUAUUAAUCAUACUAAUGUUUAAAUACGCAAUCAACAAUAAAUUGAAAAUUGUUAUUGACUGGCAUAAUUUGAAUUACACGAUUUUGAAUUUACGUUAUCAGAAUUUAAAUAAUCCAUUUGUUGUUAUAGUGAAAAAAUAUGAAGAAAUUUUGGGUAAAUUUGCAAAUUUAAAUAUAACAGUUAGUAAGCAAAUGAAGAGAUUUUUAGUUGAAGAAUUUAAUUUCCAAAAAUCAAAAAUUGUAACAUUAUAUGAUAGACCAGGUAAACAAUUUCAACCUGCACCAGUAGGCGAUAGAAAUCUUGAUCAUGAAAUCUUCAAUAAUAUUACAGACCUCCCAAAAAGAAAAAUUUUAAUUAGCUCAACUUCCUUUACACCAGAUGAGGACUUUAAUAUUUUACUACAUGCACUAAAAAAAUACGAGAGUGAUUUAUCUACACCACCUGUAUUUUUAAUAGUUACAGGUAAAGGACCAAUGAAAAGUCAAUUCUUAGAAACGGUUGAAAAACUAGAAUUUUCAGAUAAAAUCAUAAUUGAUACUGCAUGGCUAAGUUCGGAAGACUAUCCAAAAAUACUAGCAACUGCAGAUUUAGGGGUAUCGUUGCAUACAUCAUCAAGUGGUAUAGAUUUGCCAAUGAAAAUUGUUGAUUUUUUUGGUUCUGGUAUACCAGUUGUUUCUUUGAACUUUCCCGCUAUAAAUGAAUUAGUUAAAGAUGAAGUGAAUGGAUUAGUGGUCCAAAAAACAAGCUCAGAAGAGUUAUACAAUUCAAUUAAAUUGGCAUUUACAAACGAUGAUUUAUUGAAUAAAUUAAAAACGGGAGCUAUUGAGGAGAGUAAAUCUAGAUGGGAUGAAAAUUGGGGACAAGUGUUGAAACCAAAAUUCGGGUAUAAAUAG